UAAUGAGAUAUAAAAACAAGGUUAUUCGAAAAAGCAAUCACGGCCAUAGAAUAUAAACAAUAAACGGAAUAGAAAAAAUGCAAAAAAAAAAAUCUAUUAAUCUAUAUAAAAAAAAAGUUGGUAACUAUUGCACACAUAUCACUUAUAAUUACUAGAUAUAAAAAAAAAUUACACUAUUAUUAUACGUGAUAUAAGUGGUAGAUUUUGAAAUGAUGGUCUCCGCAAAUAUAUGCAUAUAUAUACAAAGGGCGAGGCCUACAGAUAUAAGUUCAUAGUGGAAACUGGAAACUAUUGUGUUGAGUUGGUUAGUAUGGAACGUGUAUAUGGUGAAAUGGAGUCGCAAUGUUCAACAGAUAAAGGUGAUGGGACUGUAGUAGGGUUUGGUAGAGGAGUGGAAGUGGUGGAUAUUAAGAAGCUUAGUGCUGAGGAGCGCCAUGUUUUGAUAGAGAAGCUUAUCAAAAACAUAGAGAAAGAUAACCUCCGGUUGUUGCACAAGACUAGAAAAAGACUGGACAGAGUUGGUGUAAAGUUGCCCACGGUGGAGGUGAGAUACAGAAAUCUUAGCGUGGAAGUUGAAUGUGAUGUGGUUCAUGGGAAGCCUCUACCCACGUUGUGGAAUUGUCUUCUGUCCGUUCUCUGUUACCCUGCAGUAAGGCUGUUUGGUUUUAAGACGCACCGAGCCAAAAUAUAA